AUGGUGUGUGUGUGCUGGCUCUUCUUGGUGCUGAUGGCAUGCGUGUGUGUCCCCGGGUUUGGCUCAUUGUGCUUGGAUGGCUCCGUCUGCAACAACCUGAGCAACAAGAGGGACAUUAUGGUGAGUCCAAAUGACUUUUCUAUUCUCUCUAUCUCUCUUUCCUAAUUGCUGUCACAGCACAAGGCAAUCAGUAACUUUAUUGCCCUUAGUGAUUCAGUUUUAAUAACUGAGAAGAGACUGAAAGGAAAACAAGGAAACAUUUUGUCACUUUGCAAACAUAAAUUUAUCAGUUAAAACAGGAGAUGAGAUAGUUUCAUUAAAAUUUAUUUUUAGAAAAUAUGUUGAAACAGCUUUAAGUGUAAAUCAAAACAUGGCAAACGAGUGGUUUAAGCCUGAACUUAAAAAGAAAAAAAGUUCAGUUUUCAGCAGAUCUUCUACUUUGAUUUUCCAUAAGUUAAAUAAAGCAUAUGUGACAUUUGAUUGUCAGUCUGGAAAACAAGCAUUGACAUCAACAUUGAUUUAGUCAUUUUAAUUUUUAAAUUUUUAAUUUUUUAAUUAUUUUCAAUUUAUCUGUACAGCCAUCAAUCAAGAAAGAAUGAGUGAUACACUGAAAAGGGAAAUAAACAGUGGGUUUCAUAUAUAAUGCUGGACUGGCAACAUUUUUAAAAUUAGAUGACUGAACUCAGAGUCAUGUUUAACUGUUCUCUUAAGUUUUUACACUCAUGUUGUGACUUAAUACUUAAAAGAUUAACAGAAGAUUCAGACAUUAAUUUUUUUUUUUCUAAACUAGAUUUGCCAUGAAUUCUUUAAAAUACAGUUUUAGUCAACAAAUUUCAAUGAAACCGGUUUAAUUUGGUUGGUAUAAUUUAUGUCUGUGCAUUGAUUGAAUACCAUCUCCUGCAUCAUGUAAUGAACCAGGCACUGACCUUCUGACUAGCUUGCCACAGCAUCUAAAAACACUUCCAUGAGUGUGAACUCCGACAGUUGUAAAGAGAUACGAUACAGAAGACUAGCCAUGAUCAAUUAAAAAUCAAAAAACACAUGUAUCUUGUACUAAUGUUGCAUGUUGGCCAGUAAAACAUAACAACAUGGUGGGCUUAGAUCACUCUACAAGGAAAAUAAUGCCAUAGAAAUGUUUGGUAUUAAACCUGGAGAUUCCCUUGAAUAUACCACAUCAAUUGACAGCACUAUUAUCCAGAAAUAUGAACUCAUUUCAUGUUUUUUAGCAGCUUUUAUAAGUUACCCUACCACAGAGAGACGAUACUGCAGACAGGCACAGUCCUCAAGUUUGCAAGGGCUCCAGCAGAAGAUGCUUAUAUGACACACCAAACACCAGUCCUAUUUUUUGAUAGGGGCUGAAAUGAACAGUGAUGUGUCUCUGUAAUGUACAAACGCAAAUAAGACCAGCGGUGACAACAUUGACAAUAUAAUUUAAAUGUUUGUAACUGCUAUGAGGGGGUUGGUACACUGAUGAACCAUAAAUAUUAGAUCGUUAUCCAACUGCAAAUAUCUAUGGUGACUGAUACAUUUCAAUGCGCAAAGACAACAGGAGGAGAUUUUUCUGCUGAGUAACAACUUUCACAAGAAUUAGACAGGAUCAGCAGCAAGAUAAGGCUUGGUAAUUUGACAUCAGGUGGUGCUAUAGUCAACUCAGUCAAAAAGUUCCCCACAAGAACUUAAAAAAAAAAAUAUAUAUAUAUAUAUUACUGGUAAAAAUAUGAUCAUUACUGAUAAUUACACCUAUAGUUUGCAUUUGAUAUAAAGGCCUUAGCAUUGUUACAUCUGAUAUAAAAACUCCAACAUCUAUGAUUUGGGUUCCAGAGUAGGUACAGGCUGUCAGCAUCAGCAAACUCUCAUUUUAUAUGUUUUUAGCCUGACAUUUUAGCCUCACAUUUCUGUGAGAGUCAAAUGGGGCGAACAAGAACAAAUUUUCCAGCACCCCUUUAAAACCCACUCCUAUAUGUAGCAGUCAACUGUUUGUGGGUACUGGGGCUACUCAUGCAGUGAUGGCUCAUUGUCAAAGAGAGAUGUAACAAAGAUGUCAGAUAUUGUCACCCUUUGUACAUCAAUAUUCUGAACAUAAUUUAAACAAGAUCAGCUUCAUAUUAUUUGUCAUCUAAUUGAAAAAUAAAUUAAAUUGCUCACUUACAUGUCAUGACUGACCUGUCCUACUGUUUGUUUUUAUUUCCCAAAGGACUGCAUUCACCUCUGCUUGUCUGUGAUCAAGACUGAAUUCCCAGAGCUUGAUACAUCAGACCUAAAGAAUAAUGAUGAUGAAAACCUUUUAAUGAGCAUCAUUCUGUCCAAAAUGGUCUCUGAAAAUGAGAUCUCAGAGUCAGAAUCGGAGCCCAACAAGGACCAGCGGCGCUCCUAUUCAAUGGAGCAUUUUCGCUGGGGCAAGCCCACAGGCCGAAAGCGUAGGCCUGUGAAGGUUUUUGCAUCUUCUCUGGAGGGAGGAAGCUCUUUUGAGAGGAGGAUCCCCUUUCAGGCACGCAGGCAGCUGAGCAUAAAUGAGGAAGAAAUGGGAGGUCCUAAUGGUGAAAGUCAACUACACCAGGUAUUAUUAAAUGCAAGGGUGGUCCCUCAGGCUCAGGUGAGCGCCCAGCACAGAAAUGAUGGGACUUACCGAAUGAGUCACUUCAGAUGGGGCAGCCCACCUGUACCUAAACGUAACGGCAGCUCUAUGAAGACAUUGGAGAGGAAACCUCAGAGGCAGCUGACCAAGGCCUUGAGGAACAUUUUUGACAAGGAUGUACAGAGGAUAACGGAAUAA